AUGGAGGGCGCUAGUACAAGCGGCGAACCGCCUCGUACCCACCGCUCACCACUGAAACGUCUGUCGCUGUCUCCGCCCGUAUGGAAGGACCAGCUCCGACGUCGCUGUUUCCAGCGCCUGAAGCAAGACCGUACCCAGUUGCUCGCCAAACUGCGGUGUUCAGACGGUCGCACGAGCGUCACAGAGGAGAUGCAGCAGCUCGUCGCCCACGUCUCGUCUUGUGCCUCUUCUGCUGCUUCCGUCGAUGAUCUUUUGCUGCUGGGGAAGCUGACAGAGAGCGACUAUUUCGAGAUUGUUCAUGCGCUGGAGGACGCGCUGCGACAAGACGAGGAGGAGGAGGAGCUCCUGCACAUGGCGGAUCUCGAGGAUGCUGAGCUGGAGGCCAUGCUGGCUGGACUGGACCUGGACGAUGUGCCACAGGAGCAGGAGUUGAAGGUUGUUGCUGGAGAUCAAGAGCUGGUGAAGAGCACGACAGCUCUGGAGAUCUCGGUGCUGUGUCCUCAGUGCAAGACUGGUUACUUGCGAGAAGAGAGACUGGAUGGAAGAGCAGUUCCCUUUCUCUCGUGUAGCUGCGGCUUCACGUUCAUCGUCCAGUCCGAGCAUCACAGCGUGCUGGAGGAAUUCCAGGACAAGAUCCUGAACGCGUUCCUGACGCAUCGAGAUUCGUGCAGUGCCGACCCGACGUUCGACAAGAUGACCAAGUUGUUCCAGGACCAUGGACCGGACGUGCUCCGCAUCAAGUGCACGACUUGCAAGUGUGACUACGCGCUACCGUGA